GCGGGGUGCCAUUCUAAGGUUGAAGCCGAAGCCAGAGCAGCAGCAGCUUCCUGAUCUCUUCUCUUUUCCUCUUUUAGCAAUACAAGCUCCUCCCUUCUCUUUUACGCUUUUUACUUUUUCUUUUUUUUUUUUCACUUUUCGUUAAUUUUACAAAGUGAACUCCACAGUUAAUAUAAAAUAAAAUAAAAUUAUGGAGGGAACCUCGUCUCCCAGCUGCUCAUCGUCCUGUGCUUCGUUUAGCUCUGUCGACGACGUCUCCGUGAAACCAAACGGCGCCGUCAAGUUUAUCUGCAGCUACGCUGGUAAAAUUCUUCCCCGCUACCCAGACGCCAAGCUCCGUUACGUCGGCGGCCAGACCAGGGUCCUCUCCGUUGAUCGAUCCCUCCCUUUCUCAGAGCUACGGGCGAAAAUGGGGGAAUUGUGCGGUUGGGGCUCCGUGAGCUUGAGAUGCCAGCUGCCAACUGAAGAUCUGGACGCCCUAGUUUCGAUCACCUCCGACGAGGACCUGGCCAAUCUCUACGAAGAAUACGAUCUGGCUUCUCGCGAUCAUCUUCUUCCGUUAAAGAUUAGAGCUUUUCUCUAUCCCGCACCUCAGCCUCAAUCGAAGUCCCUUAAAAAUAACGGAAACUUCCCGGCUCGAGCACCGAUCUCGAGAUUUCCCGGCCGAUCAGAUGUAAGAGAGAACAGAGGGCGGGGAGGUUUUCAUGUAAAACAGGGGACUUUUGAAUAA